UCUCUACCCCUACUUUCUCUCUCUAACUUUAUCCCCUCCAUCACUCCUCCAAAAUAAUUCACAAAAAACCAAAAAAGUAUCACAAAACCAAAAUCAAUUACCCGAUAAAGAAACCCUCACCAAUGCUUCGAUCCCCAAUUUCCCCCUUCAAUUUCACUUUCUAGGGUUUUCAAUCACCACAAUAGCUUCUUUCUGUUGCUUCAAACUUCCAAUUGAUGCUUGCUAGCCUUAGUUUUUGUUAAAAAGCAAACAAAUUUCGUGCGCGAUUUUCGUAUGGACUUGUUCGGUUUUCUAGGGUUUGAAAUUGGGGGAAAUUAGGGCAGGUAUGAUGGCAAUGAUUGGGGGUGAAAUGGAGAAGGAGUUUGAGUCUAAGUUGAAUGUUCAGGAUAAUUUAGCUGAUAAUGGAGGUACAGAUGUGAAUAAAGCUAAGAGCUUUAAGUUUAGGGCACCACAGGAGAAUUUUACUGUUCAGGAUUUUGAAAUGGGGAAGAUCUAUGGUGUUGGAUCUUAUUCUAAGGUCGUGAGAGCAAAAAAGAAAGACACUGGAAAGGUUUACGCCUUAAAGAUCAUGGAUAAAAAAUUCAUAACAAAAGAAAACAAAACUGCUUAUGUGAAGUUAGAGAGGAUUGUAUUGGAUCAGUUGACUCAUCCUGGAAUAAUUCAGCUUCACUUUACAUUCCAAGACACUUAUUCACUAUACAUGGCACUUGAGUCCUGUGAAGGUGGAGAACUAUUUGAUCAAAUAACCAGGAAAGGUCGUUUGACUGAGGAUGAAGCUCGCUUUUAUGUAGCUGAAAUCGUGGAUGCUCUGGAAUACAUGCAUAAUAUGGGUUUGAUACAUCGAGACAUUAAGCCAGAAAACUUGCUUCUUACAUCAGAUGGACAUAUUAAAAUUGCUGAUUUUGGAAGCGUAAAGCCCAUGCAAGAUAGCCAGAUAACAGUACUUCCAAACGCAACAUCAGAGGAGGAGAAGGCCAGCACGUUUGUGGGGACGGCUGCAUAUGUCCCUCCAGAGGUAUUAAAUUCUUCACCUGCAACUAUCGGAAAUGAUCUUUGGGCUCUUGGCUGCACCUUGUUUCAGAUGUUAUCGGGAACUUCUCCGUUUAAAGAUGCAAGUGAGUGGCUCAUUUUUCAACGAAUUAUAGCCCGAGAUGUCAGAUUUCCGGAUUACUUUUCGAAAGAUGCUAAAGAUCUGAUUGAUAAAUUAUUGGAUAUUGAUCCGUUGAAAAGACCAGGUGCGGGCCCCGAUGGCUACGAGUCUCUAAAGAAUCAUCCUUUUUUUCGAGGAAUUGAUUGGCGUAAUAUAAGGUCAAAAACCCCUCCAAGACUUGUACCAGAGAAGGGUCCCGCCAGUGGCCGCUCAAGUGGAGGUGACGACACUCCAGAUUCAUCAUGGAACCCGACACAUAUCGGUGAUGUCACAACAACAGGAAACAUGGUUGCUGACGUCACAUCUUCCUCAGAUGCAAGCCAUAUAACUAAACUCGCUUCAAUAGAUUCCUUUGAUUCAAAAUGGCAACAAUUUUUGGAGCCAGGUGAAUCCAUUCUUAUGAUCUCAAUGGUGAAGAAACUGCAGAAACUAUCGAAUAAGAAAGUACAACUUAUCCUAACUAACAAGCCGAAGUUGAUAUAUGUUGACCCUUCAAAGCUAGCCGGUAAAGGGACUAUAAUCUGGUCUGAUGAUCCUAAUGACCUUAGCAUCCAAGUUACAAGCCCAUCAAGUUUCAAAAUUUGCAUUCCCAAGAAAGUCAUUACAUUUGAGGAUCCAAAACAGAGAGCAUAUCAGUGGAAAAAGGCGAUCGAGGCCCUUCAAAAUCGGUGAUUUAUAUUUUAAUUUGUUUGUUUACACAUUCUUUUCAUGUAACAUUAAUGUUGUACCUUGGGAAUCCUAAGAAUAGUUGGAUUCUCCUGAGAAAUUUGUUUUAUCUAAGAAAAAAAAACAAUCUAUCUUGCAACAGGCUUUUUUUA